CUGUCAGUUUAUGUGUGGGUGAAGUAAGAUGUCCAGAAUUCUCCUCAACACAGCCUCGAUCUGCCAUCAGUUCUGCAAAUUGGUGCGCCCCAGCUAACAACUGGCUAACUGCACAUCAAACACACACGCAGACUAUCACAAACAUCCCGUGUAAGAUGUGCCACUUGAUGAAUGCAAAGGUUUGGUGGAUCAGACAGAUGUUCAGAACUGGUGUGACUGAGCAACAACACACAGCAGCACAGUCACAGUGUUGUGGAGGAUAACAGCUGCACAGAGCUUCAGUCAUCGCGUAGGAGGAAUUUGGAGUGGCUUAUUUGUGCUCAACAUUAAACAGAGAAUGGGGCGUCCAUUAGUUCAGCUGGUAGAGUGGGUGUCCCAUGUACAGAGGCUUUGCCCUCAUUUCAGCGGCCCGGGGUUCGAUUCCACCCCCCACCCCACCUCACCCUGUCUCAUGUCAUCUCUGAAGCUGUUCUACCAAUAAAGCCAUACAAAGGCCAAAGAAAAUAUUUUAAAGAAACAAUAAACAGAGAAAAUAAGAAAGUAAUACAUACAGAAUGAGUCAAGAAACAUAAAUGUGAUCAUCAUCAGUAUCAUGUAUAAUAAAAGCGCUGAUAGUCUGAAGUAUAAAGAACAUUUGCAAUGUACUGAUGUAACAGUCAAAAGUCGUGUGUUAAUAUAUCACAUUGGGUGUGAAGGCUUCUGGUUCAUGCCCGUUCUCCUGGUGUGAGGUUUUGGUCCAUCAUUAUAUUUGGCUGCUGCAGGAGGUGCAUCCUCCGUGGAGCUUCGGUGGUGACUGAGUUGAUGUUCAGCUCCCGGUCAUGCUCUUGUGUGAUGAUGAGGACCAGGAAGCUGAAGGACUCCACAAUGUCAACUAUACAGACACAAAGGGUGAUGGGGGGCGGGUGGAAAUCCACUGUACAUACUUUUCUUUACUAAAAAACAAAGAGAGUUUGUUUAUUAAGUUUGUCUGAAGAUAGAAAAAAUCUCAGCCAAUAAAGAACUAAAACUACAUAGUGCUCCUUUAAUGUACACGUGUCACUUUCCACUUCAUAACAGAAUUUGACUUUUUCACAUCAAGACAUUUCAUGGUGUGACUUUGAGCACAUGUGUCUCUGCCGUUGAACUCAUCAGAGACUGAAGUCGGGGUACCGCUUCCACUUCAGAUCGGAGCUGUAACAUGCAGACGCUCCCUGACGCUGACGCGACGGCUGAACUGGAUGCGGAACUAAAGUUAGUUUAAGUGAAGCGGUGAGAGAUCAGCCGCUCGGAGAUCAGCCGCGGCCUGUCAGACGAGACGUCUCGGUGUGCCGUGAACUGACGGCGGCUCCUGGUCACGAGCCGCAGCGGACGGAGCGUGUGAAGUAGGUCUGUGUGUCAGCGCAGCUCCGUGCAUUUCCGGGUGGCACGAGUCUCCUCCGGUACACCCAGCUAGCAUCAGUCUGCUCAGCCUCCCUCCUCCGUCCAGCCACGAACCGAACCGGCACGUUUACCGACCGAGACACAUCUAUAAUUUAUGUCUCAUAGCUGAAAGCCAACGCGGGAGGGGGGCAGCGGGCAGGAGCUAUGGCGGCGUCGCUUCUCUCCGAGACCGACAUCAGGCACCGGUCCAUGGCGGAGGAGGAUCCGAACGGGAAUGAGCACGGGGCGGCCGCACGCAGCGCGGCGCCUCGCUGGGGACCGCAGCACGCCGGGGCCCGGCAGCUGGCGCGGCUCUACUCUCCCGGCAAGCGGCUCCAGGAGUGGGUGUGUGUGAUUCUGUGCCUCUUCCUUUUCAUCAUCAACUUCUCCUUCCUCCUCCUGCACUUCUCCACCGUCCACAUCUACAGGAUCGUCCUCGGCAUCGUCUUAGGAAUAGUGACGGCAGACUUUGCAUCAGGGAUGGUACACUGGGGGGCGGAUACCUGGGGAUCUGUGGACAUCCCUGUUAUUGGCAAGGCGUUCAUUCGUCCGUUCAGGGAGCACCACAUCGAUCCAACCGCCAUCACUCGCCAUGACUUCAUUGAAACCAACGGCGACAACUGUAUGAUCCCCAUCCUACCGCUGGCUCACAUGGCCUACAAGUUCCUAACAUACACACCAGAGGCCUUGGCGGCAUCCUAUCCCUGGGACUGCUACGUCUUCGCCCUGGCGGUUUUCGUGACGCUGACCAAUCAGAUUCAUAAGUGGAGCCACUCCUACUUCGGCCUCCCGCGCUGGGUCACGCUGCUCCAGGACUGGCAUCUAGUGUUGCCACGGAAACACCACCGCAUCCACCAUGUCUCACCGCACGAGACAUACUACUGCAUUACUACAGGUUGGUGUAACUUUCCACUCGACCAGCUGGGCUUUUGGAGGCGGAUGGAGCAGUUGAUUGAGCGACUUACGGGGCAGAAACCGCGAUCAGAUGACCUGGCGUGGGCCAAGAAGACUGACAGAUAAACACGCAAACACGUGGACGGAUGGGUUGACAGAUGGGCUUGCAGAUGCAGAUGCAUAGAAAUAGGACUUGGAAAAACACACAUGCACACACAUGCGCGCACACACACACACACACACACACACACACACACACACACACACACACACACACACACACACACACACACACACACACACACACUCACACACACAUACACACACUCAACUCAUGUCUCUGUGCUUCUUGCUUUUUUGCUAAAGAGCAAACAUCCAAAAAAACGUUUUUUGCAAAAACACAAAAAACAAAGAUGAUUCGAGAGAUUUCUGUUUGUGCUAGGGUCUAUAUGUCGAUGAGCUUUGAACGUACGAGGCGAACACAUGACGAGAGGGUCACACUGUAACGGCCUAUCAUCUAGUAGUCCUGUUUAACCAAUGAGGUGUGCUGGUGUUGUGGUGUGUAGGUGUAGGAGGUUUCUGGAGGUUGGGCUCUCCAGGAGUGACACCGUGCUGCCUGUCGCUGGCAGCUUCUUACACCACACACACAUACACAAAUGCACACACACACACACACAAACACACACACAUGCUUUCACACACUCCUGCACACAAACACAAAGUCUGAAAGUCAAAUGUUUAGUCACCGUCUUCUCCGAUUUCUUUGCGUCUGUCCGUAUUAUUACUGUUUUUGACUACUUACAAACCUCACCGCCCUCACGCUGUUUUCACACACAAGAAGGUGAAAAUCUGAUGAUUGUGUGCUUUAGUAUCAAGGUGUAGACAGUUCUGACUCCCCUCGUUUGUGCCUGUGCUUGAGGUAAGACUUGGUGGGGCAAAAAUGAAAAAAAAAAAAAAGAAAAGAGAAAAAAAGAACAGUUUUCUAAAAUACAUACUGUGGCUUCCGUAAUAACUUUUAUAGUACUGAUAUAAACACAUCAGCAGUCGACUUGCAGAUGCAUACUAACACACGUAGAACACUUUUGAAAAAUGCAUACAUACAACUACAACCAUUCAAGAUCAUGACGUCCAGUUUUGGUUUGCUGUUAUCGGCACUUCCUGUUCAUCCUAUCCUGUGUGCUUUGCAAAUAAUAAAACAUUUCUCAUUGAUCUUUCUGAACAGAAAGAUGCUUAUAGCUUCUAAUAAAAUGUCCAGUCCAGCUGCAAGAAAAUAUUUUACUGGUUAGUCUUUUAUGCAGUUAACACGUUCAAUUAGAGGCUUUUGUUCACAUUGUUUCUAAGUGAACUCUUACAGACCGCUCUAUUUCACCUUGAUCCUUUUGAACCUCCAUGAAAAUCAAAGAGGCAGUGACAGUGAAGCUGAAAUAGAACACCACAAGAAUGAGUCCAAAACGCCCCAAAAAUCACUUAGCGGUUUUGUCAAAGUCAAAGUCUUUGGGGUUUUUUUUUUUAAACACAAUUUCAGUUAAAUGCCUGAAAUAAUGUCUGUGGUUAACACAAACUUGAAAGAUUUUUGCGUUCUGUCCAACAACACAUAAUACAUCAGUGAAGUGUUUAUAUGCCUUUACAAAGGCGGUUGAAGUUGGUGUGGACCUUACACGUCUUCACAUGGAGUCUCAUCCACUCACAAAUCUGUCUGUAUGGGUGGACUUUAGUUUGAACUGAUCUGAUUCUAACUUUUAGAUCAAUUCAUAGUAAACUACACAGUGUACUUUGUUGAUAGCUGAACUACUGGCGAUUGUAUUUAAGUCAUUAAAGUUGUCUUGAUUUGUGAAGGUCAUCUUGCUGAAGCGAAUCUUAUCAUAAACUUGUAUUUGCCGCUGGGCUUAUUUUUCUGCAGUCAUCCAAAAUCCAAUAGAAAAAUCCCACAGGCUUUUCAUGGAGGGAACCAGGAGAUGCUAACAUCUGUGUUAGCAUAGAGCUAUAUGUCACCCCUGCAGCGCUCAAUUGUUAGUGGAGGUUUAGCAAGUUGAAGUAGGUUUAAAGCAAGUGGUGAAUGUGAGGAACUUGAACAAGUUCUUUCUUACAGGAACACGUUGACAGUUGGGGAAAUUAAAUGACUUGCUUUCUUGCCAGUGGUCUCAUAUCAGGAUGAUAAACAUGGGGCUACAGCCAGCUAGCUAAGCAUAAGACAGGAAACAGUAAGAAACAGCUAGCCUGUCCUCUGUUUUUCCCAUUGGUCCACCUCAGCUGGCAGCUACGACACAGUUGCAGUGGCUACAGUGUAAUACUUUGGCGCAACUCAGACCACCAACUCUCCAUCCACUUAAAGUGCUUCUUUUGCUACGCGUCUGAUAAACCCUUCUUCCUGCAACAAAUCUUGGGCCUUUUGGGUUCCUGUGUUUGUGGACAGUCAUGUUUAUUAAAUUCAUGAAGAAAUCAAAUCCUGUCAUUGCACUAAGCGAACUUAGCCAGCUACUGGUGACAACCUCAUGUUACUGUCAGUGUGAAUUCAUCUGUCUUCUUAUCAAACUCUCACCAAGAGGAAGCAAACAGGAAGUACAUUUCCCAAACUGUUGGACUAAAAUACAAAAACUAAGAUGGAAUGAAGAAAGUCUGGUAUUAAGUUUGGGUAGCAGGUUGAUAUUUAUAUAUAAACUAGAGUCUCCUUCUUUCCUUCUAACAUAAAGUGGCACAAAUGGAAGCAGAAGCUUCAGGGGACUUUCCUCACUGUAAUCGUGCCAUGGCUGCAGACAGAAAUAUAUCCAGCUCGAGUUCCUUUUCUUAGAGAAUGCUCGUGGCUGCCCUGAAGGCCGUAAAGUAAGUCCUACAUGUGUAGUUAGCAUUAGCUUUCCACCGCUGCACUGGAUGGCUCAGGGCAGGAAAAGCUUAGCUGGUCCCGCUGCCUGUCAAAUUUGACAUCGCUAAGAAUUUUAAUUCGGCUUUCAUUACUGAUAAGUUAAAUUCUUACAGUAUUGAUUUAGCUUGAAAAUAAUUUGUACCACAAAUAAACAUCUGCAGUCCUUUCAGCAACGGUUGCAGUCAUUAAAAAAUUUUGAACUCUUGAUUGGAAAAUGCUGCGUUCACAAAACCCACUGUGCUGCUUAUUUGACUGCAGCCGUGUAUACUAAACACACGACAACAACGCGUGUCACAAACCUUUAAGCCUGUAUCAGAGGGGCUCGCUGAAGAAAUGUUUGUGACAGCUGGUGUGAAAGGAAGAAGGGAAGAAAAUCUUGCACAAGAGAGACUAACACAUUAUUUUUCAUUAAAAUCUGGGUAUGAAGUACCACUGUCUCCAGUAUCUCAGACUUCUGUUUCAUAUGGUGACACAUGCACUUUAGUUGGCUGUUACUAACUCUGUACUAGAGUCUAGCUGCUUGACUUGUAGUUUAAAUCUAGGCUGGAAAUCCCUUCGGUCUCAGAAGGUCAAUAAUAACAGCACUUUAAUGUUUUACUGAGUAAAUGUCUAAAAAAAAAAAAAAAAAAAAAAGUGUCCUGCAAGCACACAUUCACACAAACAGAUGAAAUCACACAUCUCCCUCACUCACUCGCAUGCAUGCACGCACAUAAACAAAUCCUCUGAAUGCAGCCAUACACAAACAGACACACACACGCACACACCUGCUCUUUCUCACGUUGUGUUCUGUUGUUUUCUCUGGCUUUAUAAUUUUCUAUUUUUUUAAUCAAUGGAUCAAGCCUUGUAGAGUUCGAUUUUGACGUUCCAUUUUGCAGCUCAACGCUCGCUGCUCGUCUUGCCUUAAUGUUUUUAUCUGCUCUUUGAUUUAAAUAAAGGUUUAAUAACUCCAAA